AUUUAUUCAGAUACUACAAUACACCUUAAUGACAGCUUUGGGGACUCACCAAUCGUUUGUCUUGUUACACGUCAAUGCGGCAGUUAUGAAUAUUUUACAUAUUGCUGUUUUUGGUUGGGUCUCAGUGUUUAUGUUACCAAUAAGGCUUUGUUGUUUAUUUACCACCUUCCACAUUUUUUUAAUCGAGACUGUUUUCGAUUUUUGACUCGCCAUUGCACUAUCUUAUAGUAAUCAAGACAUGUGCUGAAGGCGUGCUCGAAUAGACAUGCUUCUCUUGUUUCAUUUUUAAUCUUUUAACAGAACUAGUACUUAUGUGUCCUUUUUGCUUUAGUGUCUCUCGUUCGAAUGUUUCCGAAAUCGCCUUAUUGUUAGGUGACAGCUGACAAUGUUUUUUAUUAUUUCGUCUUAUGAAUUAUAUACUAUCAAGAUUUUUGACCCAACUCGGGACUCUACCUUGUGUCGCUGUUGAUCAGUAAAAUCCUCAUAUCUAUGGGUACCGGAAGAGUCUUAAAAUCACAGCAUAAGUUGGUAGAGCGAACCGAAAAAUGACCUUGAUUAGCUAGAAAGGGCGAACAACCGAACGACCAGGAUGUUUAUUACAUAUUCCAGUCACCUCAGUCGGUAAAAGCUUAUAUUCUCACCAAUCUACCUGGAAUCUCUUGGGUUUUUUUCAGACUUAGUGUAUAUAAUAUCCAUAGUGCGAUCCAUUUGCCUCUUUCCGACUAAUUUUUGUGGAGCUCUCACCAUGAUUUUACUGCCAAAAGUGGUUGAAGUAUGUAUUACUCAAUUAGUUUUCUAACUCAAUAUAUUUUAGGUAGUAGUAGCCUAUACGGAGCUCCGAACUUUGGCUUAAUGAACAAUAAAAUCCGAUUUUCUGUUUACCUUCAGAACUUCCCGUACAGAAUCCAAAGUUAUCUUUUACCUAAUAAGAGCGUAGCUAAAAUUUGAUUAGAUAAAUCUGCGCAUAAGUUGAACUUAGUCAACUGGCAUAGCGAAAUUCUGUGAAGCUCGUAUCCACUUGAACUAGUGUCCCUAAUAUAAAACAAUUGUUAACCUGUUUCAUUGAAAGGUGUACCUCAGAAGUACAUAAACAUUAUGAAGGCUCUUUACUCGAACACUACCAACCGAGUCAGAUCUUAUGGCGAACUGUCAUCUGCUUUUGCAAUCUCAAGUGGUGUCCGUCAAGGCUGUCCACUUUCUCCAUUUUGUUUAACUUCAUCAUAGACCUAUUGAUGGAAAUAACAUUCUCGUCUACUGAAUUCUCGGGUAUUGGUCUCCUUCCAGGUGGUCCACUUAUCGACUUAGAAUACGCGGAUGACAUAGUCCUGUUUGGUGAAGACGCUGAUAGAAUGCAAAGUCUUUUGGUAGCACUGAGCAACAAUGCCAAAAUGUUUGGAAUGCGCUUCUCUCCCUCUAAAUGCAAGUUGUUGCUUCAGGACUGGUCUGCGUCAACACCUGAACUAAGGAUAGGGAGUGAAGUAGUCGAACGCGUCGACAACUUCACUUAUCUUAAAGGUCUGAUCAGCCCAAAUGGGUUGGUGUCUGGCGAACUCUCAGCACAGAUCCUAAAAGCUCGUUUAGCUUUUGCCAACUUACGUCACUUAUGGCGAAGGCGAGAUAACCGUCUAUCAAUUAAGGGACGAGUGUACUGCGUGGCAGUUCGUUCUGUUCUACUGUACGGCUGCGAAACUUGACCAUUAAUAGUAGAAGCUACAUGCCUUAGAUGUCUUAGAAAUAUUGCUCGUAUCUGCUGGGAUCACCGGGUAAGUAAUAGUGAGGUUAGACGCAAGGUAUUAAGGAAUGAUGGUAAACCAGUCGACGAGGUUGUGAAUUUUCAUCGACUGAGAUGAUUGAGCCACGUGUUACGUAUGCCUGAACACCGAAUACCACGACACGCAAUGCUGACUAAUGUUGGAGACGGUUGGAAGAAAGUUAGGGAUGGCUAAAUCAAAACGUGGCACCAGUUUUUGAAGUCACUAACUUCUAGUGUGAUCCAUGUUGAUGGAUGCAGACUACUUGGUUGGGGUCCGCGUGACUAUCGUAACUAAUGGUUGGAGACUGGGUGACGUGGUUCAGAAUCAAUCACAUUGGCGUAGGUGGAUACGCCCUUUGUACUCCCCUAAACCGUGAGAUUAAAAUCGCUUUAUAUCUUUCUACUAACUAAUUCUUUCUUCCUGUGGUAUAUCCUUAUACACAAUAUUUCUUUUAUACAUUAUUAUAAUUGAAGUGAUCACUUCUAUGAAUUUGGUGUUAUUGUUGUUCUAAUGAGGUGUGGCAGCUUGAACCGAUGCAUAUAUAUGCCUGGUCCUACGUUGUAACUAACUGACUGUUACAUAUAUCAGACUACAAAUACCACUUAGUCGUUGACGAAUCAAUGUAAUUAUAACCUAAGCAAAUCUUGAUUUUCCCUUAAGAAUCAUCAAUAAUUUACUUAAUAGAUUCAAUGUUAAGUGAUCCUGACAAUCUCAAAAAACUAUCUAGAAAAUGCCUUUAAAGAUUUAUGAUGCAAUACGUUUUUUUGUUACAGGUUGUCGUUCAUAAUCCAAUUUCCAUGUGAUUACAACUUCUUAAAAUUUCACCGCCCCGUGAAACUAUAUAAUGUCAGGAAACUCAUAUCACUGCAUUUAUUGCAAUAGUCGUGUUGCCGCUCUUUACACUCAAUAUGCUGAGGAAAUAAUUAAGAUGGAGCAUUGUCCUAGAUGUGGGAAUGUUUCUGACAAAUAUAUCGAAUAUGAUUUGUUUCUAGUUAUUAUCGAUCUUCUCAUUGGUCGCCUUGAGGCGUAUCGUCAUGUUAUUCACAAUGUUUCCAUUCCAAGUCUUCUAAAGAUACUUUCUAUGUCCAUUUUGUUGAAUGCUUUUGUGUCUUGGUUAAGUGAGCAACCAAAAACUGAGAACAAUCUGGCUAAUCUUUCUUUUUCUUUCAGUUCUGAUCUAUUUAUUCACAUUGUAUCAAUUUCGUGGUGGUGUUCUUGCUUUUGUUUGACAAUUAUAUUUUUGUUUCCGAUCACUAAAAUAACUACUGUAUCCGAAUUAAUUAAAGUGUUGCUUAUUGUUAACCUCAGCAGAUUAUUAACUUUUUUUCUAAUUACGUGGAAGACUGAGUUCGAUUCUUUUUUUGUAGGUACAUUACAGUUUUAUCCUUUUGUUUCCACUUGUGUGGCAUUAACACCAUGUAUACAAAGUUUAAGAGCUGUAAAUAAUCUCAAUUUAACCACAGCUUUUUGUUUGGGUACAUUUAUAUGUGCUGUUAGUUUUCUCUCAUCUACCGUUGUACUACCAAAUAUAUUAAUGUUUUUAUAAAUAUAAUUUUGAUUGAUGACUUUUAAUACUCAACUUUAUUCUCCCCUAUUGUUGUAGUAAAAUGAUCACAUUUUUGGCAUUUCUGGUUCUAUAUUCUACUUUUCUGGAUACAUGUUUGAGUGACAACAGAGUUUCUGUCACUUUGGUUCCAAAAUGGAAAAAUACACCUCUGUUAGCAGAAGCCAGUGAAUAUGUUGCUCGUGAAUCCAACUAUGCAUUUUGGCGAUUUUUGGAUCUUAUCUCAAAGGACUUGGACUUCAUAAAGACAAAUCUUAUGCCUCCUGCAGAUGAUUACCUUUUGAUUUCGAAGAAUAGGCUGUUGGAGAAACGGGUUAAAGAGCUUGCCAUUCAGGCCAUUAGUGCUACUAGCUUAAAAAAUAGCUCUUUAGAGAUUCAUAAUCGACUGUUUACUUUGUCCGUCUCAUCUAGAAUGUUUUCACCCACUGUUGAAAUGUCACAUCAACUUGCUCUGACUGAUGCAAGUUAUUUGUUAAAUUGUUCACGCGAGACUGUUCUAGCUGAAUUAGCAAGCCGAACCUCCGGAGUAGCUUGGGUUCUUGCCGGGUCAGAGGCUGUUUUUUCCAUUGACAAACUCAAGGAAUCUAUUGAAAAAGUUGUGGGUUCUAAUUCACAACCAACUUUAUUUUCACUUGAAAAAGUGUAUUCAUCACCAAAAGAUACUUCCAAUAACAUUCCUACAGUGAUUCUAUAUGGGGAUUUAAGUCAUCACGAAUUUUACUCAUGGCAUAGAAGUUUAAAAGCAUUGUCUGAUGAUGGUCUAUGUAAUUAUGCAUUCAGACAUUAUUUUCAGAACCGAAAUUUGAGUGGGACAAGUUUAAAUGGUUAUGGUGUAGAACUUGCUUUGAAAAGCACUGAAUAUAAAGCUAUGGAUGAUACAAAAUCAGAAGAAUCAGAUAAUGUAUCAUUAAAAGAAACCGAUAAAAUUGUUGAUGUGCCAAUUGUCGCAGGUUUCAACUUUACACAACUUCUAAAUAUUCAUCCAGAGUUAACUAAAGAACUCAAUGAAUUUCAUAGUCAUUUAUUAACUACAGAUGAUGAAUUACGUCCAUUGAAAGCUUGGCAAUUUCGUGAUUUAAGCUUACAAGCUUGUCAAGUAGUUAUGGAUGGAUUUUUAUCAAACAUGAAACAUGAAGGUUUCAUCGGAUCGUAUAUUGAUUUAGGCUUAUGGAGUUUACGUGAUAUUAGUCAAAAUUUACCAGCACGAGCAAGUCGGCUUGUCAAUGUAAAUGUUAAUUCAAAUCUUCGUACAGAGUCAAGUAAAAAUCAACAUGUUCUAAUUGGAACAUACGGUAUACAACCUGGUCAAAGUUUACUUCUUCUAAAUGGUAUUUUACUUUCAUCUUCUGUUGAUAUAUUUGCUUUAUUGGAUGUCAUACGUCAAGAGUCUAAAAUGAUGACACAACUACAUGAUUUAGGCAUACCAGGUUCAAAUAUUUCACAGUUAAUCAUUGAAUAUGGUUCUUCUAGCGGUUCUGCUACCAAUAAAAAUGACCCAAAUUUACCAGGUUCAAGACAUAGUAUAUCUAAUCAGUUUGUACUGGAUUUAUCCAAUGCACCAAUUACUUAUAUAAAUAAUUUAGAAACUGACCCAGCUUAUGCUUAUUGGCCAGCUUCUCUGCAUACAUUAUUCAAUUUUGAUUUUUCUGGUGGACUACGUAGAAUACGUAAAAAUUUGUAUAAUGUUAUUCUAAUAAUUGAUCCCGUUUCAUUUGAAAGUCGUGAAAUGUUAAAAUUGACAGAAUCGUUUCUUCUUCAUAUGACUCCAGUACGUUUUGGCAUUAUCUGGGCAGUAAAUCCUAAAUUGAAUUCAACUAGUCUUAUCUUAACCCGUAUAUUUUCAUAUAUAUCAUCCACUAUACUUAAUUCACAUGAAUCACCAUUUCCUGUUCAAAUCAAUGGUUUAGGAUCACCUGGUCCUAUGGCAGCAUUGUCAUUUUUAACGGAAAUCUAUGCAAAUGCUGAAAAAUCAAACAGUGAAUUAAGUAUUGAUUUAAUUAAACGAAAAUUUGAGAAAUUAUUUCCAACCGCUGAUACUGAUGAUAUAUUUACACCGGAACCUGGUAAUAGUGAUUAUGAUAAUGAAGUUACGUCCCACCAUGAAUUUCUUAUUCGUUCUGGACUCCAGUCAAUCAAGAAGAUCCCACUAAUACUUUUUAACGGGAUUAUAUUAGAUAGUGAUGGGAUUAGAAAAAUUGGCGGUUUCGAAGAUACUGUUGUUACUCUGUCCAUGGAAGAAUUAAUGCACGUACAGUCAGCUGUAUUUCAAGGUCAAAUGAGUAAUUCUCAGACAAUAUUUGAUUUAUAUCAAAAGACAGCAACUAUUGUCCCACGAUUUAAUGUACGAUUAUUAAAUAAAAAGAAGGAUACUUCAAAUCAAAGGUCUCUUGAAUCACUGAAGUAUAUUAACUUCAAUGGAUAUUCUAUGCCAGUGGGCUUAUCCGAUGAAAAUGUACUACCCACUUCACAGUUGUUGAAAUCUUUUACGGAUCAAAUGCGCUAUUUUCAAAAAGGAGAUUUAGAGGCAUCUAUUCGACCAGUUACAAUGUGGAUAGUUAUCGGUGAUUUGGAUCAAAUUUUCGAUUCAAAUUUACCGGAAGAACAUCGUCUCCAACUUCAAAUGGAUUGCAAUUUAGCUCUUAAUGCUUUAACAUUUCUACGUAGCGGUCAUUCUACAAAGGGUUUACGUAUUGGUUUCGUAUAUAACCCAUUGAAACUAACUAAAGAAGAAACAUCAACUAAUCAUUGGUUAACACGUGUACUUUAUCUUGUUGGUAAUCCAAUCAAUAUAACAUCACCUUUAUCUAACCAAUUAAAUAAUGAAAUAAUAGCAAAGCGAAAAUAUGCUGAACAAAUGUCAGGACGUAAUUUUGCUAUACGUCUUAUCAAAGAAAUGUUGGAAUCGAUUAAAACUUCUAAAUCUAUCAAAUCUUUAGAAGAACUUCUAGUUUCAGGCAUGGAUUCCAAACAGAUACAUGAUGCUAUUCAAUUAUUUGAUAGGAAUAGUUUUCUACGAAUGCACUCAACUAUUGCCUGUCAGAUUAUUGGUCUGAAACCCGGUGAACGAGCUGUUGUUGUGAAUGGUAAAAUAGUCGGUCCAUUCGAAUCGUUUGAAGAGUUUCUGUCUGAUGAUUUUCGUCUAGCAGAACGUUUAGCAUUAGACAAUGGGGCUAAGGAGCUUGGUGAUAAACUGGAAAAAAUUUUAGGCACAGCAGCUGGAGUUCCUGAUGUUAUUUCUGAACUCACCUGGCAAUUAUCUUCAGUGCUUCAAUCAGGUAUUGAAGCUACUAGUUCAGUCAUAUCUGAGACGUCUUCCGUAGAUGGGAUUUCGGACAAAGGUCAAAAUGGGCAUAGAAUACUUCUUCAUGGUGUAUCAUACAAUCAUUCAGGUUUCAUUAUUCACGGAAAUAAAGAUGAACCAAAUUUUGAAUUAGUUGCUAUCAUAGAUCCGGCUUCUCGUGAUGCUCAACGUCUAUCUCAUAUACUGAUUGUACUACAGCACUCUUUGCCAUGUACUGUAAAAGUUUUAUUCAAUCCAUCGCCUUCGUUAUCUGAACUACCAGUGAAAAGUUUUUAUCGUUUCGUAUGGGAACCAUCAUUGUUUCCAGAAAAUGAAUCUAUACUCAAUCCAUCUAUUAUUGUACCUCGUGCUUAUUUUACUCACUUACCUGGUCAAUCUUUGCUUACAUUGGGUAUGGAUGAACCACAUGGUUGGAUGGUUGCUGCUAUUAAGGCUGUACAAGAUUUAGAUAAUCUACGCCUAGUUGAUUAUCGUUCUACAAAACAUUUAGUGGAAGCCGUUUUCGAAUUAGAAUAUCUUCUACUUGAAGGUCAUUGUGUGGAAGAGGGGAGUAUGAAACCGCCACGUGGACUACAAUUUACGCUUGGUCCUACACCAACUACUAUUGAAUAUGAUACAAUUGUUAUGGCUAACUUGGGUUACUUUCAACUUAAAGCCAAUCCUGGCGCUUGGCAUUUGAAUAUUCGUGCAGGGAAAUCACAAAAACUUUAUGAAAUAUCCGGCCAAGAACAUACUGAUACAUCUGUUAAUUCCAAAGAAAUUAUCACAUUGAUUAGUAAUUUCCGUUCUAAAAUCAUUGAAGUCUCUGUUAAUAAACGUGCAGAAUUUGCCAGUGAAAGUAUGUUAGAUGAUAGUUCUGAAGAAUCAAAUAAUUGGUUAAAUAAACAUUCAGAAGUUUGGUCUACAUUAUCGAAUUAUGCUGAUGAAUAUUGUCCUUCUUGGCUAAGUGGUCUAAAACAUUCACUUGCAUCUCAUUUACCUUGGCAUAAAUGUACUUCAAAUCAAGAAACUAUCAAUAUUUUCUCUGUUGCCUCUGGUCAUUUGUAUGAACGACUAUUAAGAAUUAUGAUGUUAACUGUAAUACGACAUACAAAUUCUCCUGUGAAAUUUUGGUUUCUCAAGAACUAUCUUUCACCAACAUUUAAAGAUUUUAUACCAUAUAUGGCAGCAGAAUAUGGUUUUGAAUAUGAAUUUGUUCAAUAUAAAUGGCCACGUUGGUUACAUGCUCAAACUGAAAAACAACGUAUUAUAUGGGGUUAUAAAAUUCUAUUCCUUGAUGUUCUAUUCCCAUUGAAUGUGACCAAAAUUAUAUUUGUUGAUGCUGAUCAAAUUGUUCGAGCGGAUCUAAAAGAAUUGGCCGAUCUGGAUUUAGAUGGUGCUCCGUACGGUUACACACCAUUUUGUGAUUCUCGUAAAGAAAUGGAUGGUUUCCGAUUUUGGAAACAAGGCUAUUGGGCUAAUCAUUUAGCUGGUCGACCAUAUCAUAUUUCAGCGUUAUAUGUUGUCGAUUUGACAAGAUUUCGUCGGUUAGCUGCUGGAGAUCGACUUCGUGGUCAGUAUCAUGGUUUAAGUCAGGAUCCAAAUAGUUUGUCUAAUCUAGAUCAAGAUUUACCUAAUAAUAUGAUUCAUCAGGUUCCAAUUAAAUCAUUACCUCAAGAAUGGUUAUGGUGUGAAACAUGGUGUUCUGAUGAAAGUUUAGCUAAGGCGAAAACUAUCGAUCUGUGUAAUAAUCCACGUACAAAAGAACCGAAAUUGACAGCAGCAAUGCGUAUCGCUCCGGAAUGGGUUGAUUAUGAUCGUGAAAUUAAAAAAUUAUGGAAACGUGUCUAUCUCUCUACUGAAAGCAGCAGCAGUAGUACUGGUAAAACUUCUGCUACUGAAUUUUCCACAGUUCCAACCACUUCUGAACUUCCAUAUUUUAAAGAAAGUCCAGUAGAAGACUCGAAAAUUGAUGAUAAUACAGUGAAAACGGAAUUGUAGGCAUUUGUUCUUAUUACCAGAUGUUUUUUACUUCUGAUGACAGUCGUUCAAUUAUAUUUCACCAACUAACCAUAUGUAAAUUAAACCAUGUUUUUUUCUUUGGCUGUGUGUAUGUCACUUUUCUUGAGUACUAUUGAUGCUAAGUUUUUUUUUCAACUAUUUAGUUCGUUUUUAUACCAAUUCAUUAAUCAUCUAUUUGAAGAGAAUCUUCUUCUUUCUCUUCUUCGAUUAUUGGUGAUUCUUGAUUCAUAUUCUCCUGUCGUUUGUCACUUACCGCUUACAAUAUUCUACGUAGUCUUUGUAUUCACAUGAACUGUUGUGUUGCAUUCCUUUCUUCCUUCAAUACAACAAAAGAAAACAAGUUUCCGAUCAACAAAAUGCCCAUUUUUAUUGUACUAUGUACAGUCUGUAAUAAGCUCAUUGAUAUGCAUAUAUAGUAUUUUUAUUGUUUUUAUUGUAUCAGUGUACUUUUUUGAAGUACUAGUUGAACAUUGUAAACAAAUUUCUAGUUUUAUUAAUUUGUUACGAAAGAUAUAAUUUGCAUUCGUUUAUUUAUUUAUUUAAACACAAAUAUUUGUACAUAGUGGCACCAAAAUAUACAUGCAACACACAAACAAUUGAAUUUGUAUGUGGUCUGGAAUAUUGCUCGUCUGCUUAAACAGAAGUAGGUGGUUUUAUUAGAGUCAAUCCCCGUGCCUUUUACUUGGAGCUCUAAUGCCCAAGACAGUGGGGCAGAUUUAGGAGAUGUGAUUUUGUGGUAG